AUGCUAAUAUUCGAUGAGGGAAUAGGUUGGAAUUCUGAUACGUGGGAUAUUAGAUGGAUUUAUCUCAUACCAAUUUUUGAUUUGAUAGGGGGUGGAAAAGUGGUUAUGGUUAGUUUGUUGUAUACUUAUAUUGGUGAGGAAGCAGAUGCUGAGGGUGGAAAUGGGGGUUUAUCCUCUACCUUGUAUCGUCUCGUGGCUCUACAACUUUUCAGUAGUUUCAAAGCUCUUUCAUUCGCAGGAUUUCUGUUGAAGUAUGAAUAUGGUGUUUGGAUUAUCUGUGCGUUUGCGGUUGGAUUCCGAGUUCUUUCCAUUGGAAUUGCGAUGCUUUUACCUUCAGGUAAAUUCGUUGAGUCAAAUACCAACAUACAAAAUUUAGAAAGGGAUCCAGGUAUGGAAAGGGGAAGAAAACGAGCAAGACAACGAUUCAGAAACCAUACAACUUCAACAAAUCACGACACCUCAUCCGUAUCAUCAACUAUGUAUAUAAAUACUUUCCCAUCGCAUCCGAUACCAAAAUUUCGUAUUAAUCCACAAACUUCAUUCUUAUCUCUUGCUUUCCUCAUUACUUUCUCGCUAAAAAUUCAUAUUCUUUACCCUCAAUUCACUACUCUUUCUCAAAAUCUUCCAUACAAUGUUACUACAACCAUUUACAGUUUUUGUUUAUUGGGUUCUAGUAUUCUACUAAUUUUUCUCCCACAAAUCGUAAAAUUCAUGAAUCGGAGGAAAUUACGAGUGUUGUUUAUUCGCAGCGAAGAAGGAAAUGAAUCGGAAAUUGAAGAAAGAGACGGAAUAGAAUGUCAUGAGGAAAAUGAUUUCAUGGUUCUAAAAUGGAGUUUGCUGGCUAAUAUUAUGAGUUUAAUACUCUUGGCACUUCCGACAACAAGAGGAACAGUAUUCUGGUUGGCUAUGGGGGGAAGUGUAGCGGGUAGUCCGGUGCAAGUUGCUUUGCUUGCUUGGGGGAGUGGAUUAGUUUCUGAUUCGAGCUCAGGAGAUUCUGAUAAUUUUGAGGAAGAGAAUAUGUGA